AUGGGCAAACGCAGACGCAGCCGCGGAAACGCCAGCGUGUCGGCCGGCGAUGAUUCGGCGGCGACGCAGCAGAACGAUCAGCCGGAUGUCAAGAAGAUGAAGCAGGACACCCCGAAGCAACAGAAGGCCGACCGCUGGGCGGCCGUCGAGGAUGGCAGCGCCGUUUCGGCAGCUGCAAUCUUCUCGAAUGGGCACGCCAAGGAGAACGUGGCCCCGAAGCAGCAGCGGCGGCGCAGGGACCGGCGAACUUUUGUCGAGGUCGACAAUGCCGAUCGCAUGCCCGAAUCGUCGAAGAAGCACAAGCUGAAGCUGCACAAGACGGAUGCCAAGAAGGCGGCCGACAAGUUGAAUGGGACCACUGAGCCGGUGGCGGAAGCGCUGCUGAACGGCGCCGCCAAGCCGACCAUCAAGGAGUUCACCGUCAAGGGCCACCAAGAGAUCGUGAUCGUCGAAGAGGUGGAGACGAAGACGCUCGAUGGAGGAGCCAAAACGAAACGCACGAUCCGGGAAGAGAUGACGUCGGUGGAGGGCGUCGACUACAUCGUCCAAGACCCCGACGACGAGGCGGCCGAGGAGGAGCUCGUCGAGCUCAGCGACGACGCCUCGGAGGGCGAUGAGGACGGGAGCGAUUUGGCUGAAUUCAUUCGCAUGGACGAGCUGGGCAGCGACGACGAGGACGACGAGUCGGACGUGUCGUACGUUGACGGAAUGGAAUCGCUGUCGUCAGCUUCGGAGGUGGAUGAAGAUGAGGAGGCCGAACUUGGCGGCGAUGGCGACUCGAUCGACCUGGACGAGGAUCAAGUCCAUUUUCUGCACGAUUCGCCGGAUGAGGGUGACGAACAAGACGAGGAAGAAGAAGAUGAUGAUGAGGAUGAGGAGGAAGACGAAGAAGACGAAGAAGAGGAUGAAGAGGAUGAUCAAGUUGGCCCCACCGCGCAGAAGCAAGGAAAAGCCAAGCAGCUCGACUUCUCGGCUUUCCCCUUCCAGGGCCCCGAUUCGACCGUCUCCUCCACGAAGGCGUUCGCCUGGCUGAUUGCCAACUGCGACGUCCAGACGUUCUUUGCCGAUUUCUGGCAGCAAAACGCGCUGGUCGUCCGCCGCGGCCACGCCGGCUACUACGGCUAUCUGCACGACUUGGCCCAGUUCAGCGACGUCAUGUCGAAGGAGCACAUGGAGUACGGGAAGAACAUCAACGUGGCCGAGUACCGCGACGGCGUGCGCUACACGAUCAACGGCACCGGACGCGUCUACCCGCGGCACGUCCAGAAGCAUUUGGCGGAUGGCCACUCGGUGCAGCUGGUGAACCCGCAAAUCUUCUUCCCGCGCGUCUGGUACCUAUGCGACCAACUGCAGGAGAUUUUCGGCUGCUUCGUCGGCGCCAACACCUACAUGACGCCGGCCGGCUCGUCGGGCUUCGCGCCCCACUGGGACGACAUCGACGCGUUUCUGAUGCAGCUGGAGGCAGGAAGUUCUGGAAGCUCUGGCAACUUCUCGGACAAGGACAUGAAGGGCCGACAGCUGUGCUUCGAGGGAUGGCUGGAACAGGGGGAUAUGCUCUAUCUGCCUCGCGGCUUCAUACACCAGGGCUCGGCCGCCCCCGAUGUGCACUCUGCCCACAUCACCGUCUCCGUCGGCCUCAACCAUUCGUUCGCCGACCUGCUCGAGAAGAUUCUCAAAAUUGGUGGUUUUCGCGAUUUUCGGGUGCGCCGCAGAAUUCCGCCCGGCUACCUGGACAUGACCCUUGUCGCCGAGCUCGUCUACCGCAACAAGGAGCAGGAGAAGGAGAAGCUUGCUGUGCCAAUCGUGAAGAUGGCCUCUUCCCUCGACUGCCGCAUCCGCUCCAGCGUGCACGUGGCCGUCGAUCUGAUGGCCCGCGAAUUCAUGCGCACCGCUCUGCCGCCGAUGCUCACCGAGGAAGAGAGACGGCUCUCCGCCGUCGGUGCCGUCGAUUUCCUGGGCGGUCGCAAGCUGAAGCUGAAUGAGAAGACGCGCGUCCGCUUCAUUCGACGUCACGCACAGCGGCUGAUUUUCGAGUCGGAGACGUCGGCCUUCGUCGUCCAUCGGAUGUCGAAUUCGCUGGAAUACGGCGGACGCCCCGAACAACAAUUCGCCUUUGAUUUGGAGUUGGAAGAGGGCUUCAUCCAGCUGCAAAGUGCCUAUCCGGGAUGGACGACGCUCGGCGAGCUGUCUGUCCCUGGAGAAGCGCCAGGCCCUGCAGCUUGUUCGUCUACUCGCCGACCACGGCCUCGUCAUGGCCGACAACAAAUAAAACGCCGAUUUUUCUUUGUAGCU